CAUCAACCACAUGACUUGUUCUAGUACAUGACAGUCAAUUAACUUGUCAAUCUCCAAACCCUAAUCCCCAAAUCAAACUAAACAUCCAUGGCGUUACUCAGCAACGCUCUCCGGCAAGCCUUCAUGCCGAAGCACGAGUACGACAAUCUGCGCGAAGAAGACAAAGCGCUGAUCCAAUUACAACGCCCCGUCUUGAUUUCUCUCUUGUUGUGUAUUGUGAUUGUGAUCGUUGUGUCCACCUCGAUUAGCGUGAAGAUUGUGUUCCCGGCGGAGGACGGGAAGCGCGUGUUUUGCCGGGAUUUGAGGAUUCAGCCGUUGUCGAUUAAUGUGAGCUCCGGCGGCGGCGGCGGGGAGGAUGUGUUUCCCGGGGCGUUUUAUUUGACGGAUCAGCAGACGGUGGAUUAUUAUUGGAUGGUGGUGUUUAUGCCGUCGGUUUUGGUGUUUUUGGUUUCGGUUGCGUAUUUAGUUGCUGGAAUGGCUGUAGCAUACAGUGCUCCGACAAGGCAUGGAUGCUUGAGGGUAGUUGAGAAUAACUAUUGUGCUUCAAAAAGGGGUGGUGUCCGUUGUCUUUCCAUUUUGAACGCCGUUUUUGCCAUUGUUUUUGGUCUCCUUGCUCUUUUUUUGGGUUCUACACUUCUCACUUUAGGUAGCAGCUGUUCAGUGCCAUUGUUCUGGUGCUACGAAACCUCAUCUUGGGCACUGGUAAUUUUGUAUGGGACCACAUCUUACCUUCUAAGAAGAAAAGCAGCUGCGGUUCUUGAUGACAGUGACUUUGCUGGUCGGAACAUGGGACUUGAAAUGCUGGAAGCAAAUCCCUUGGAAGUGACACCAGAGGUAGAGAGACGUCUCAACGAAGGUUUUAAAGCAUGGAUGGGUACAUCUUACCUAUCAUCUGAUGAUGAAGAUGAUCCUAAUGACUAUCUGGAAGUGCAACAUCCUCCGCGCACCAACUCUAGCAGACAAAGAGUGUGACCGAACUUUGGAGCUUUUACUUUCAACCUUCUGGAACCUCAGUCCUAAAUCGCAUACAAUCUAACAGCUUGCUAAAGAAGUGGAAAUCGUGAACCUUUUGAUUGGCCUAUAGAGAGAAGAAUACCGGCAUUUAGAUAAUAGCAAGCAGUGAUCUCUACGCUUGGAUAACUAGAGAAGAUGAUGUUAUCUGUUGUUGAAAGAUUACUAAAAUCUGUAAAUAGUUUUAACCAUCAUCACCGGGAUCUUGACUGAAAAGCCUAGCAUUUCCACUACCAUGGAUGAAGUUCCAUACAGCUUUAAUCAAAAUGGUUAGUAACAUGAUAGUGGGAGAGAAGUGUUUAUAUUCA